AUGACUGAAACCUCGAGGACCAAUGACAAUCUUCGAACUUGGUUACCGUGUAUGAAGAAGAAGGAGUCUACCAAUGCGUAUGGCUGGAGAGCCUUUGCUCGGCCAGGGCAAUACUCUCUUCCAAAACGCGUUCCCAUGGAGAGCCACCUGCCGGGAUCACCUACACAGGCAAGAUGCUCGUCGCCAAAGGACUUUGUACGGGGAGACAUGAAGCCCGCGCCUCUUCGACUCUCUCCCAAGAGCAAAGAAACAGACGAAGCAUCAGGUGUUUCACAACAACAACCAGGUGCAAGCUUCAUCGAGAACGCAACAUCUACCGAUGAGUUCACUACGACUGAACAAUUCAACGACAAAUUGCCUAGACAUCCAACACAGCUGAAAACCCCGCCCUUGGCUGCUGUCGUAUCAAAGUUCGAGAUACUUGACAUAAUGACUGAUCUCGAGACACAAGCUACUGCCAGCCAUGGUGCGUCGAGCGUAGAAGUGCCUCGUUCGCCAGCCGAGAACCGCGCUGUCCGUAAGGAGAUAGGUUUCUCGGUCAAAUCUGGUCCUGCAAAGGAAUCUCCACCUGGGCCAGGCUAUGAAGAAGUGGUGGAGUUACAGUCAAUCCCAAGCCCGAGCCAGAUCUCACCUCGUCGGAGUCCGUCAUGCGAGCCCCAGAACAGCCUACAGACUGGAAUUCGAGCAGCUGUAGAACAAACAACCUACACUUUUGAUCCAUUUACUGGAGAGAGGCGGCCUAACAAAGCUGGAAGGUCAGCUGAUGGAAGACAGAGAAGUCUUGUAGCUGAAAGACGACAACUUUUUGAAGCUCCGAUGGGUAAGUAUGACACCCUAAGUAAUGCUGGUCUGCACGGAAUGCUGAUGGUCUGCGUAGGCGGCGUCAGGACAAACCUACCGGUGCCAACUUUCAGCAACUACGGUAUCACGCCACAGACACAGACACCUUGCUGUACACUUCCCCGGACUAAGACUUGGAAACUGAGGUCGAACGAUAUCGAAGCUCCUGAAGAUAGCCCUCAAGGUAGAGCAGAGCCACCUUUGGACCCAAGGCUUGUCAAUGCCGGUGACCAAACAAAAACGGCAGUGGAAGGAAGUUGGACCCGGAGCAUUUCGAAGAGCCUUGGGUAUAGCUUUGGCCAGAGAAGUCGUCCGACUCGCGAAAAAACGCAAACGGAGCAGAUCACCGUUUUUAGAGGACACAGAGACAGAGGGAAGCUCUUCGGGCUUUGGCCCCGAGCCAUGGAUGCCCUCCAUUCACGGGAUGCUUCGACCUCAAAUCUGGAGCAUGGAAUUGCCCAAGCACCAGACCGGCCAACGGAUCAGGUGGAUCUUGAGAUCUCCCAGUCCAUAAGCAGGGAUAGUACAAGGUCAUCGGUCCCGCAAUCAGAAUACUACGAAUCCAAAGAGAAGCUACAAACAGAACACGCAACUUCCAUGACGGGGUUACUGGAGUCUUCCGGAAAUGCAGCUAUCGUAACAGCGCAAAGCAAAGUGGCGAGUCUGAGAACGCUGUUUGAUGAAAGCGCCAACGAUACUGGUCCAAACAGCGGCUCGCGACUGAGGCGCAGUCACACUGGGCCAGCAAAUAGGUGGUCUGCUAACGGCAACUCACAGAUGGCCUUUCAGCCUGGCCACGGACAACAGUUGCAAUAUGAAGCAUCCACGAAUGGUGCUAUACGUUGUUCCUUCCAAUCAACGGUGGGCGCCCGUAUAUCUAAAGGAUCAACUUCUUCUUCUUUGAAGGAUCGAAUUAAUACUCUGGAAGCCAUCUGCCGGAUGGAUGCGGAGACGAGGCCCUCAGCCAAUAAAACGAUCUUGGUGCCAACAUCGAGAAUCGCUGGGCCUGGGCGCGAGGCAGACGGUUUGAAAACCCACUCCGAGAAUCGAUUCGAAAGCCUGGGGUUCAAGCGUGGUCGCGAAGUCUGGCGGAAGAUUUCCGCAUCAUGGGAGAAAGGCAGGCUAGAAAAGGGCAAGAGAGAUGAAAAUGACCACACAAAGCGCAAUGUGACCAAGUCACCAGAGCCCCCUACUUGGCAAGGGUCCUACCUCACUAUCGCUCGAUCAGAUGACAAACAGCUGGCCAACUGUUCGCCAGAGAAGCCCAAAACCCGACACCCAGCUGCGUCUGCGUCUGCAUCGUCGAGAGACAGGCCCUCCCGAAAGAGCACGUCGGCCAUUCCCCGGGAGUGUCUGAGCACCGGUCAUAGUCUUGACGGCUGUUUAUCAGAACAAAAGAGAGUCCUGCCGCUCAGUACCACUGGUCCAGUCGUCACUUCUACUUGGUGGCAACUUGGAUCAUCAUCCUCGUACGCACCUUGGAGGACGAGGUGGGACGCUCUGUCAGGAGAUGCUCAUGGGACUAGCUGGGCUCGAUGGCGCGCACCACGAGACAGAAGAAUCGUGGCGGCCGGUGCCGAAUGUCGAAUGUACCAUUCUCGGCCAAUGUCUACUGUACAGCUGAGUAAAAUGCGCAAAGCUGCCAAUCGGCAAAGUGAAACAAGCAUCAGUAAUGGUAACUGA